UUCUUUCCACUCUUCCUCCACGCCCAUCCCACCAUGGACCCCGUCGUCUUCCCAGAGGUCCCCCCCCACGCGACACCCCGCUCCCGCCACGCACCGCCCUCCCCCGCCCUCAGCUCCGCCGACCCCUCAGACAGGGAACACGACUCGUCCGACGAGACCAACUCGCACACCCAUGCCAGCGAGGAGCCUUUCGUCGACCCGUACCCAGACUUUCUCUGGAUGACUACAGAAGAACCCCAUAGGUCGAGGCGUAUUGCUAUACUGAAAGCCCACCCAGAAGUCCGAAAGCUCAUGGGUCCCACUCCCGCCACGCUCCCUCUUGUCUUUGCCGUCCUCGGCCUGCAACUGUCGCUCUCUCUCUAUCUCAAGUCUCACCAUACCCUCUCCCUCCCCGUGCUCCUUACCGCCUACGUCGUCGGAGGCACAGCCAACCAAAACAUCUUUCUCGCCAUUCACGAAAUCACCCACAACCUCGCAUUGAAAUCUAUCAAGGCCAACAAGUGCCUUGCCAUCAUCGCCAAUCUUUCAAUCGGUAUCCCUUAUGCCAUGGCGUUCAAAGGCUACCACAUCGAGCAUCACAAAUUUUUGGGCGAAGACGGUAUCGAUACCGAUCUUCCAAGCCGAUUCGAGGCUUUGGUGCUCAACAAUGUCGCCGGCAAAACCUUUUUCGCCACGUUCCAGCUCUUGUUCUACGCUAUCCGUCCCGGCUUUAUUCGUGCCCAGACCUUUACCAGGUGGCAUUUCUACAACCUCGUCGGUGUUAUUGGCUUCCACCUCCUCUGGUACCAUUUCUUCGGAAUCCGCCCCUGGCUCUACCUCGUGCUGUCCUCCUUUUUCGCCGGCUCACUUCACCCGUGCGCCGCCCAUUUCAUCGCCGAGCAUUACCUGAUGGAGGGCCAUUUGCCCGUCGGAGAAAACUUGUUAGGUGAUGACUUGAUCAAGGGACUGUCGCAGGAGACUACCAGCUACUAUGGGUGGCUCAAUAUCCUGUGUUACAAUGUAGGAUACCAUAACGAACACCACGAUUUCCCUUCCGUCCCAUGGACCCGUCUACCCGAACUUCAUCGAAUUGCUCAUGAAUUCUACGACCCCCUUCCUUCUCAUGCUUCGUGGCCGUAUGUCACUUGGAAAUUCAUCACCGAUCCCAGCGUCGGUAUGUGGUGUCGUGCAAAACGCGAGGGGAAAGGUGAAAGGCUUCACGAGUCCAUCUGGGUCGACGGCUCGCGUCACGUCUCGGGCAAAGGUGAAGAUGGUAUGGAUGAAGAGGAGGAAAGGGGCUAUGCCAGUGAUCGGGACGAGCAGAUGAAGAAGAAAAAGACAUGAGGAACGACAGAUGAUCGCUGGUCGAUCCAUCACCACUACCGUUGUUGGCUGGUUCUUCGAGGGACGGACUUUUAUACAUACACAUCGUCGCCCAUCAUUCAUUUUUAUUUUUAAAAUCUUGAUACCAUAGAGGUAUAGAGACAUGUACUGUAUGUAUCACGUUUUGCGUA